AGCGUCUCGGUGAGGUUCGCUGUCAGAACCGCUGCUGCAAAGAGGGCAGUGACCGUAUUUGUGCACAUAUCUAUCAUUUCUCGGGUUAAGUGGGAGCUGUGUCAUAAUAAAACACAUUUACGCCUGUAAAGUGAAGCAACCUGCCUCUCCACAAAUGCAAGCGAUUAAAUGCGUGGUGGUCGGCGACGGGGCGGUGGGUAAGACCUGUCUGCUCAUCAGCUACACCACAAAUGCCUUCCCUGGCGAGUACAUCCCUACAGUGUUUGACAACUACUCUGCCAAUGUGAUGGUCGAUGGCAAACCAGUGAACCUUGGAUUAUGGGAUACAGCAGGACAGGAAGACUACGACCGCCUCCGUCCCCUCUCGUACCCGCAGACGGAUGUGUUUUUAAUAUGCUUUUCUUUGGUGAGCCCAGCAUCCUUUGAGAACGUCCGUGCAAAGUGGUACCCCGAGGUGCGACAUCACUGCCCCAACACACCCAUCAUCCUGGUGGGCACCAAACUGGACCUGCGAGAUGAUAAGGACACCAUAGAGAGGCUGCGGGACAAAAAGCUGUCGCCCAUCACCUACCCACAGGGCCUGGCCAUGGCCCGAGAGAUCGGUGCCGUGAAGUACCUGGAAUGCUCCGCUCUGACUCAGCGAGGGCUAAAGACUGUCUUCGACGAGGCCAUCCGCGCCGUCCUCUGCCCUCCGCCCGUCAAAAAACGCGGCAAGCGCUGCACUCUCUUCUGAGUGAAAGCCAUGACGAUUCCCGGCACCCAAACCCACUCAAACUACAAUAUUUUUAAUCAGCCUCUUGGAAAAUAUAUUGUACUUCUCUCACAGUUUCGGUGACAGGCGUCCAUGAAGUUCUAAUGCACAUCUCAUGUAUACGAACCAUUGGCUAGUCGGAGGGAAACCGUGAGGUAGAUUGUUUUUCGCGGGCUCGCGCGCCCAGAGAGAUGUAAUAUUCCAUUUCAUAUUGUUUAUAUGAGAAGUUUUAGUGGUACAGUGUAAUUGUUGACAUACCGUAAGGAAGUGUUUCUUGGUGUCGUAAAGGAAGCGUGUCAAAGAAACGGGAUUUAGAUGGUCUUGUACAAAGCUAACCAUUCGCAGUAUUAGCAUUCCUGUCUGCGUUAAAGGGUUAGUUCACCCAAAAAUGAAAAUAAUGUCAUUAAUUACUCACCCUAACACCCGUAAGACCUUCGUUCAUCUUCAGAACACAAAUUAAGAUAUUUUUGA